AAAAAAAAAAAAAAUUAAUCGAUUUAAUUGAUUUUCAUAGAGUUAUAAAAUACCUUUUGGCAUUUAAAAAAAAAAAAAAAAAAAGACCCUCCAAAUCUGUUCUUUACAAUCAAAUCCGAGCUUUCAGCAUGAUGGCUUUUUCUCCUCUUCUCUCCUUCUCCUUCGUUUUAUGCUCUGUUCUCUUCUGCUUCACAAUGCAAGGAGCCGGAGCUCGAAAUUUAGUUCCUAUUUCUUCCCUGAUCACUGAAGAUCUCUUCAAUUCCAUAUUUUUGCACAAGGACGAUAAUGCAUGUCCGGCAAAAGAUUUCUACACCUACGAGUCCUUCAUUCAAGCUACUGCUUUCUUUCCAAGAUUCGGAAACGCAGGAAGUUUAACCACUCGCAAGCGCGAAAUUGCUGCUUUUCUAGCUCAGAUAUCGCAUGAGACCACCGGUGGGUGGGCCACCGCGCCGGAUGGACCAUAUGCUUGGGGUCUCUGCUUCAAGGAGGAAGUCAGUCCUCAGAGCAACUACUGUGACUCUACCAACAAAGAUUGGCCUUGCUUCCCUGGGAAAUCUUACAAAGGAAGAGGCCCCAUUCAACUAUCAUGGAAUUACAAUUAUGGUCCUGCAGGAAAGGCCUUAGGUUUCGACGGUUUAAAGAACCCAGAAAUCGUAGCCAACGACUCGUUGAUUGCAUUCAAGACUUCUCUUUGGUUCUGGAUGACCGAACAGAAACCUAAACCGUCUUGCCACGACGUUAUGGUCGGGAAAUACGUUCCAACAGAGGCUGACUUGGCAGCUAACCGGACAGCAGGGUAUGGAUUAGUGACCAACAUUAUCAACGGAGGAUUGGAGUGUGGAAUCUCCAACGACGGACGUGUUAACGAUCGGAUUGGAUACUUCCAGAGAUAUGCUAAGGUGUUUAAUGUGGACACCGGGCCAAACCUAGACUGCGAAAAUCAGAAGCCCUUCUCUUAGUGUUUUUUUUUUCCCUCUAAUAUAUUAUUGUUUUGUCUGGUGUAAGAAUAAGAUAAUGUUAUGGAUUGGGUGCUAUCUUAAUGGAAUUUAUGGUUUGUUUUCUUUUCAUCAUUGUGUCUGGUUCUCAGUAAGAUUUGAUGGAUAGAGUAUGUUAUGUGUAUUAUUUUUUAAUGAUGGAAAAGUACAAAUUGCGAAGACAUGUUGUGAUAAUAAGAGCUGGUCAAAGCA